AUGAACACUGCAUCACUCACGGAUCUACUGUCCACUGCUGCCAUACCAGAUCCCGCAGCCACCGGAGAGGAAGCGGCACCAGCACCGACUCCUUCACAAACUACUACAUCUGCUGCAGCUCCACCCACCAUCCCUGCAGCUGAACGGGCGGCGUCGCGCCUCCCUCAACUACAGUACCUGCCACCUCUCAAGCUACAGAGACCACAACCUCCACCGCCUCUGCUUUCGAUGCAUCCGACUCAUCAGAUGAAGAACUCUCGGUCAGAACACAUCCCCACCUCAAGAGAAGUUCAACUACGGAUCCAAGGAGUUCCUCCCAGACACCACACCCACGACCUUGACCACCAGCGCUGCGAUAUCUACGAGAAGCAAGACAACCACGAAACCCAAAAAAGUCACCGAUUCAAACUCGUCGGAAAACAUCAGAAAAAAAGAAGAGUGGGAUGUAGCAGCAGCGUCCACGUGUUCACAGGACAAGGCCUAAUGGAAGACUGCAGGGGCCUCUUGGGAUAG